GUUUCCAAUAUCCGAUUAUUAAAUUGUUAUUGUGAUGAUUUGGAAAAAUUAUGUCCAUUUUCUGAUGCUAUUGAUUUACGGAUAACAAAUGAGGAAUGUGCAGAUGAAUGCAAGAACGGCCAAGCUAAGUAUUGCGACAUUGGUACUGGAAUGAUUAAUCAAGUAUGUGGUUUAAGAAAAUUAACUACUACAUUUCUUCCCGAAGGGGUAGCUAACCUCGGUGAAUAUCCAUGGCACGUUGCUAUUUUACAAGAUAAUAAAAGCAAUCGGUACAAAGUUGGUGCAGGUGUUUUGAUAACGAGUAAUCAUGUUUUGACCGUCGCUCAUAAAGUUUCAUCAAUUCCACAAGCUUCAUUAGUAAUUCGCAUAGGAGACACUAGUGAUUACGGAGAAGAUAUAUGUAGACGAUUCGACUACAGAGUACAAUUUAUGAUGAUCCAUCCGAAGUUUGACGGCAAUAUAGUGAACGAUAUAGCGCUAUUAAGUCUUGCUUCUGCAGUUCCUCUCGCUAAUAAUCCUCAUAUAAAUUUCGCAUGCUUGCCUCUAGAAGUUCCCAAAGUCAAGAGGAGAUGCUGGGUCUCUGGAUGGAGUGAAGAGCCCUAUAAUCAUCUUGGAGCUUCGAUAUAUAUGAAAGAAGUUGAUGUACCAAUUGUUGACAAUAAUGAAUGCGAAGCGCGAUUGCAAACAACAAGAUUGUCUCAUAAUUUUAAAUUGGACAAAAAAAGUCUUAUUUGCGCUGGGGGCGAACCGGGAAAAGAUUCUUGCUCGGGUGACGGAGGCGCUCCUCUUGUCUGCGAACGAACGAAUGGUCAGUGGGAAGUUGUUGGUCUUGUUGCUGGUGGUGUUAGUUGUGGACAACCCAUUCCUGGACUCUAUGUUAAUGUUAAAAAUUAUAUUCCAUGGAUUCAUGAACAAAUUGCUAAUAGUUGUUAGUUUUUUAUUGAUAAUAAUUUAGAUGAUAGACAUGACU